AUGAAAAGGAGCCGCAUUCAGUUUGAAGCCAAUGGCCAGACGUCGCCAGCCUCUCCCCAGGGCGCAUACCCGCAUACCGCUCCCGAUGAAGACCUGAGACAGCAACAAAAUUCGAAACACAUUCCGAAGAUAUCGCGGCGGAUUCGUGCCUGUACGAACUGCAAAAACCACAAAGUACGCUGUGAUAAGGAGGGGGAGACGCCGUGUCAAAGAUGUCGUCGCAUGGGCUUGGACUGCGUUGUCAAUAAGAGUCUCCAGACCUUGUUGGACGAUGAAACAGAAUGGAAGACGGCGAUUGAGCUUGCCAUGACGGAGCUGCUCCGUAAGGCUCAAUUACCGGACCUGUCAUACUACCAUGCCAUCAACAAAUCAUUAACGGAGACACCGUCGAAAAGAAGAGAUCGUAAAGGGUCGACGGCGUCGACGGACGAUACUGGCAAUGCGACGGCCCACGACCGACGACCAGGUUCGACAAGCUCCAACGUGGACUCUGUCUCGGCGGGGCCGAACUCGUCGUCAAACUAUACCUUUCAACAACAACAUGCGCAAUACUCGUUGGACCGAGAAGAAAACGGGACAUCUUCCUUGAUUACAGCGCCGAUGGGGAGCCUGUAUGAAGUGACUCGGCUGAGCGAUAUCCCUCCAAGUUCCCCGAGUCGUCAGCAUGCUCCCGACCGGGCACUCAUUACCGAUUUCAUAUCACGAGGAGUAGUAGAGCUUCGAGAAGCGGAAGAGUUGUUUCACCAUUUUGAUCAGGUGCUUAGUCGCUAUCUGUGGGAUGGCAUUACGCUGGUGCACAAGGACCUCACAUCUGUGCGGAAUUCGUCCUCGAUGCUUUCCGCGGCCAUUCUUGCUGUGUCGGCGCUCCAUCUGCCUAACAAAGAAAAGACGUUUGAUAUCUCCUAUAUGGAAUUUGCGAAACUUGCUUCGGAAUCGAUGCUUGAUAGGCAUCAUACCCUGGAUGAUUUGCGCGCACUAUGCAUCGGGGCAUUCUGGCUUGCAGACGUUAGCUGGAAGCUUUCAGGGUAUGCAGUCCGCAUUGCGACUGAGAGAAAUCUCCAUCAAUGCUAUCGCAAGGCCAUGCAAGGAUCCCCAGAGCAUACAGAACAAGUCAGGCUAUGGUAUCUUCUCUACACCUUGGAGCACCAUUUCUCCAUUGCGUACGGAAGACCACCCAUCAUUCACGAAGACCCGAGUAUCACGAAUCAUAAUACGUUCACGCUAUCGCCGACCGUGCAGCAGUCCGAUCUGCGCUUGCACAGCCAAGUCGACCUCUUUAUCAUCCUCACUCGGAUCUAUCACGCUUUUGGUCCCGACGUUGAUCUGGAGGUUCCGGAGAGUGAGUUUUCGACGAUCAACAAGUUUGACUCUGACCUUGGUGAAUGGCGGUCUGCAUGGCUGCCCCGUUUAGCCGGUAGUCGAUAUGUUGGCACAUACCCUUACAAAGCUGUCUAUCUGCAUUAUCACUUUUCCCGCUUGCAACUGAAUUCCGUCGCUCUGCGGACCUAUCACUCCUCGAAUUCGUCGCGACCAAUGUCUAUCGAACGCAAGAAACAUGCCAAUCUGGCCAUCGAAUCUGCCGUCGAAACGCUUCUGGUGGUCCUUGAUGAACCUGAUAUACAACGAGCUUUGAUUGGCGUUCCUCUCUAUCUUCACAGCAUGAUCACCUUUGCCGCUGUCUUUCUUCUCAAAAUCGCAGCAAAGUGCUGCUCUGGCACUAUACCCUGCGCACAGGGCCAGCAGAACUCCAUUGCCGCCGCAGGACUGUCAAUCGAUGCGCCCUAUGUGCGUGCCUUGGUUGGUAGGAUUAUCGAGCUGAUGGUGACAUGCAGCAAGCGCGCGAGUGAGCGCCACCUUACGCACCAUAUCGCGCGUGGCUUGCGUAAAAUGCUUACAGGGCUCGAGGAAUGGGAGAAAAGGAACUCAGGAAGCCAGCAGUCCCUUGCGCAACACUCUUACGAGGCGGCCGCCUCAAUGUUCAAACCCAUAAUCAUCCCUGGAGCACAACCCCUGGGUGAGCGAGAUACUCUAUUGAACCAUCCGCCGCCCUUGCCUGGGAUGGCUCCAAUAUCGGCCGAACGAAGCAAUGGAUACGAAGCUACCGCCCUGCAUGGGAAAGCAAAGCUGGGUCUGUCUGAAGGGUCUCUCGAUCCCAUGAUGGCGGAUCUCUGGGGUUUCGACGAGGAGUAUUUUCCUACGGGAGUCUUCGACUUUUUACAGUCGCAGAUGCCUGCCUGA